GCAUCAACUUGUUUGUAUUUUUCUCUCUGAAUUAAUCCAUCACUGUACUCUACACUCCUCAUUCUAUCAUCACACUCUCCACUCACAAAGUCUCCUGCUUACUGGCAUUAGUGUUUUAUCUUCUGAAUAUUGCUACCUCUUCUUCAUUCCAAGCUCUGUUAUUCUUUUUCUCAUGGCUGGUUUUCUCUAUGCACUCCUCUUUUUGGCCAUGGUUGGCCACUCUAAUGCCGCAUGGUGUGCUUGCAAAGGAUUGAGUGAUGCAGCUUUACAAAAGACACUGGACUAUGCUUGUGGAGCUGGUGCAGACUGCAAUCCUAUUCAUACAAAUGGGCCUUGCUUUAAUCCCAAUACGGUGAGAGCUCACUGCAAUUAUGCUGUCAACAGCUAUUUCCAGAAGAAGAGUCAAACUUCAACCGCAUGUGAUUUUGCUGGCACUGCUACUGUUACUGCUACUGACCCCAGCACCGCUGGCUGUGCUUAUCCUGUUAGUGCAAGCGCCACCCCUACAACUACCAGCCCCGCCACAAAAACACCAUCGACUAGCACAGCCACCACAGGCGGAUCUCCAUACGUGACAAACACGGGCAUAUUAGGAGGUGUUAACAAUGGUUUAGGCCCGUCGGGUGCUGGCAUGAACACAGAUAUAAGUCAUGCUGGGAUUUUACUGCAAAACGCCAGCCUCUUUUCCUUUAUAACCAUUAUUAUUAUUAUUAUUUCUGCACUUGCAUUACUUUGAACUGGAAUUGGAGAAGUUCUACUGUUUGUACUAUAUGAUAGUCGUGGGUCGAUGUUAAAAAUUUAUGUGCUGAAGUGGGCAUAUGCAUAUUAUGCUAUUAUGUAUGUACUAUAAGUUGGUAUGUUAGGAUUGCCUUGAUUUUGAUUUUACCUUCCCCUCUA